UGUCACUGCCGCUAUUGCUGUUGCUGUUCUUUUUACAGCAAUCUCACUCUGAAGCUGAUCCAAUGGAAGACAACGGUUUGUUUGAUCAGAGCCACAUUGAGGAUGAGCCCUUUGACGCUCUGCCUCCUCCUCUAUCCCCCGGGCAGGACAACGCAGACCCGUUUGGUGAUGAUGACAAUGGAGAGGUUUCUAAACUGGCCGAUGUCCCAGAGGCGAAAAGGAAAGGAGUGAAAAGACCACAGCCCAAACUCGACUCAAACAGGCUGAUCUCUGACAGAGGACUACCAGCUCUGCGUACACUGUUUAACGAUGUCAAAUUUAAAGGCAAAGGGCAUGAGGUGGAGGACCUGCGUUUGCUGAUGAAGCGAAUGGAAAAUUGGGCUCACAGACUUUUCCCUAAACUUCAGUUUGAGGAUUUCAUCGACAAAGUUGAACGACUAGGAGCCAAGAAGGAAGUGCAGACGUGCCUGAAGAGGAUAAGACUGGACAUGCCACUGACACAUGAAGACUACACAAGUAAAGAGGGAGAGGAGGACGUGCCUGCAGACAUGCAGAUUUUUGGUGAUCCCGAUCCAUUUGGUGGAGAACAUUUGAGCGCCUCUCCUCCACAUAUGAUCCAUUCCACCCCAGCCCCCAGUGCCUUCACAGCCCAAAAUGUAGACCCCUCCCUGGGCUUGUCUCUCACCUCUACCCCCUCUCUCACUGAGGAGCAGCAGAUGAGGAUGGCUGAGAACAGACUCAAGGCUCUUGAGAGGAGACUAGCAAGGCAGAAACAGCAAGCAGAGUCCUGGUCUAUGGAGUCUCAGCCCACAAAGUCUGAGCCUUCAGAGUCCCACAUCAAAAGGUCAGAGUCAGUCCUAAUGGAGGAGUCCACAGGAGUCCCCCCUGAACGGGCCCAGAGUCCUGAUCAAGUCCAGAUUCAAGAGGAGGACCAGGGCCCAUUGACUGACGGCACACAGCCACUAAACCAGCCUCAAACCCAGGACAGUGAGAACCAUGUGGAGUCAACCCCCGAGCCCAAAGAACCUGAGGCCAGUACAAGUACAGUCCCUGAAUCAGAAGAGAACUGUGAAGAAGAGGGACAAGAUGCUAAAGAGGACUAGUUGUUUUCAGUUAUCAGUAUUUUAAGUAUUGUAUAAAAUUUAAAUAGAAAACUGAAUACUUGUCCUAGUAAUUCUCCAUUGCAAAGUUUGAAGUGAUUCAAGUGUAAACCCAAAAUAUAUUGUAUUUAUGUUCCUUUAGAGUUGU